AUGCCUAGUCAUGUUACCAAUGUAUAUAACGAUAUUGAUGAUGGAAUGCUUCUACUGUCUUUGUCAUUAAAUGAGAGAUCAAAUGAUAGAAGAGGUUUGGAAAUUGAAGAGGUAUACGACUCCAGUUUUGAUGAUCCUAUGGAUAUUGAUGAUACAGGUGAGUUGUCGAAUCACAUGGAUAUAGAUGAUACAACUUUUGAGAUAGAUCACGUCGCAAGUGAUAACUACGCAAAUAAAAGAGAAGACGACAAUGAUACUAAUAACGAAGAAGAACGUCGGGAAGAUGGGUUGUUUUCUUUACUAUCUCCUACGUUGAUGGGGGCAAAACUUGCAAUCAAAAAGCCAUUACUAUUAAUGCCUCCGCCCACUGUUUCGGAACAAUCUGAUUCAAAAACUGAAAGUGCAUCUUCUGUUGAUUAUGAAUAUGACACUAGUUCAUUCAAACCCAUGAAAAGCAAUGGAUUGAUUACACGAAAAACCAAUAGCAGUACAUUUCAGCCAAGCAAUAUAGACUCGUUUUUAUUCCACAGUGAUGGAAUUUCACUGGGUCAGCUGUUAGGUGGUUAUCAAGAUUUACAUAGCAAUUAUCAACAGCCAGUGACUAUCCAUAAUCAUCACCAUCACUAUUACUAUUACAAUAAAGAUGAAUCAGUACCGUCGCCACCUUCUAACAACAAUUUACAAUCACUUGAACACGAGCAAAGAAAUUUGCAGAUGCAACAAUACAAACAACAAUUAGAGGAGCAUCAGUUAUAUUUACAAGAGUAUAAACGUAACAAUCAAAUACUUUUACCUUCUCCUUGGCAGCAUAAUAUAUCUCCAAUAGAAAGAGUCCCCUAUCUAUUGAUGUCCUACUUACAAAUGUUGAUAAAUUUCAUUGCUUCGUUAUAUGGUGUAUAUCUUGUUUAUUGUUUAUUUCGAACGAUAAAUACAGACAUCAAAACCAAAAUAGAGGAACAACAAACGAAUUUGAUUAUCAGCAUUGAGUCCUGUCGUCGAUCGUACUAUCAUAAUGGCUGUGACGACAAGGAUAACUUGGUCCCAUUAUUGGUAUCCAAAUGUCAAAAAUUUGAGAAAUGUAUGAAACAGGACCCUUACAAAUUAAGUAACGUUUCCAUUAUGAGUGCUGAGAUUAUUGGAAUGAUCAUCAACUCAUUAAUUGAACCUUUAAGUUUAAAAUUUUACUUGUUUAUGUUAGCAUUUAUAUUAAUUAUAUUUGCAUGCAAUUUUACGUUUGGAUAUAUUCGAGCCAAGGCAUAUUAUGGUGGUAGUAUGAAGUAUAGUCUUGACAAACUCGAUUAG